AAGCAGCUGUUGUCGCGGAGGAGCUCAGACUUUCUCCGCUCAGGUGAGCCUCGCAGACAGCGAUGCGCGUUAUGGAGCGCACUUUCCGGGAGCAGCUCUUCUUUCUGGUGUUGUGUCUGUCCGUCCUCAAGGGAGACUCCAGAUAUAUUGAGAACAACGAAAUCUCAAAAGAUGAAUUAUAUUCAUUUUUCAACUCGGAACUCAAGAGAGAAAUACCCGAAGACUUAAUGUAUCGCCGACCUUUACGUUGUCUGGACAUGGUUGCAUUGGAGGGUCAGUUCACCUUCACAGCAGAGCGCCCUCAGCUCAGCUGUGCCGCUUUCUUCAUGGCAGAGCCCAAUGAAGUGAUCAGUGUGGAUUAUGACAGUGUUGACAUUGACUGCAUGGGAGGAGACUUUAUCACUGUGUUUGACGGCUGGGUGAUGAAAGGGGAAAAGUUCCCCAGCACCCAGGAUCACCCACUGCCUUUGUUCGAGCGCUAUGUGGAUUACUGCGACUCUGGAUCGCUGAGGAAAAGCGUGCGCUCUUCUCAGAACGUGGCCAUGGUCUUCUUCCGCAUUCACAAUGCCGGCAGCAGCUUCACCCUGACAGUCAGGAAACACACCAACCCCUUUCCCUGCAAUGUCAUGUCACAGUCACCAGAGGGCAGUUACACAAUGGUGAUCCCGCAGCAGCACAGAAACUGCAGCUUCUCCAUCAUAUAUCCAGUAGAGAUCAGCAUCUCAGAGUUUAGCCUGGGACACUACAACCACCUCCCCAAGAGGUCCAUGCCUGGAUGUGCAGAAUCGGGGGACUUUGUACAGCUGCUGGGAGGAAAUGGCAUCGAUACAUCGAAGCUUCUUUCCAUUACGGACCUCUGCAUCGCCUUCACUGGACCCACCCACAUGAAGAUUGGCUGUGAUAACACAGUGGUGAGGAUGGUGUCCAGCGGGAAGUUUGUCAACCGACUGUCUUUCAGCUACAGGCUACUAGACAGCCAGGAGCUACAGACGAUCAAACUCAACAAUGUGGAAGAUUUCUGUUUCAACAACUGAUCCUAACAGGAUCUUAUGUGACAAAUGUAGCAUUUGACUGCAGACAUUUUUUAAAUUGCUUUAAGUGAAAGUAAGUCAGUCCCUCUGAUUAGAUAAAGGACACUGAAAUAAAAGUGUAUGAAAAAUAAUAUAUAACUGUCAUAGGACUAUUAUAUUACAGACUCCACUUUACUGUCCUUUUAUAUUUUUUUUCUAAAUCUCAUUCAUGUUGUAAAUAAAUCUUAAUUAAGUGUCCUUUUGUGUUUGGUGGAACCGCUAUUGUUUUAUAUGCUUUGUGCACACCAUGUGCAUUUAUCAGGAUUAGAGUUAUAGUGUUAUUUUUUAUUUUUUUGGGGGGGGGGGGUUGUCAUCAACAUUCUCGAUAAGGAAUGGUGCUAAAAUGAAUGUCACCUUCUGUUUCUGAGUCCUGCGUGAUGCGCAGAGUCAUUUCCUGCCACAUGUAACAUGGAGAGUGAACGUAAAAGGAGGAAGUAUUCCGUUGCCAUUAUGAAGGCACAUUUGAUAAAAAAACCCCAAAAAAACA